AUGGGCGGUGGAAUGAGCAUGGCGCACAACCAGCCUGACAAGGUCACGAUGGAUAAAGUGCACGCCAUGGUCAAGGGGAAACCCCUUGAUGCCGGAGAUAUACAGACUCUGGACCAAGCAAAGGAAGAGAUCCGCGCGCUGCGGGAGCUGCUACACAAGACGGAUGCUACCAGCGAACGUGGAGGCAACGAUCCGGACCUACCUUCGGAAAUUACAGAGAGAUCACCAGGAGGAGACCAGCUGAGGGGACGGGGAGCGAUCUGCGCGGCGGUCCAGAAGUCCGAGCCCUACAAGCACGUGAUCAUACCUAAGCCGGAGGCAACCGCCGAACUGAUCCUGGAGGCCAUCAAACAGAGCGUGCUUUUCAAGAACUGCGGCACGGAGGACUUCGCCACGCUCGUGGAGGCGUUCGGGCCGGUCAGCUGCGAAGCGGGAACCCAAGUUAUCACGCAGCAUGAAAAGGGGGAGGACUUUUACGUGGUCGAGGAAGGGUCUCUCCGGUGCUACGUCACCUUCCCGGGAGAGAACGAGGAGGUAGAGGUCCGCACACCGUACGUAACGGGCGAGAGCUUCGGAGAGCUGGCCCUCAUGUACAACAUCCCCCGAGCGGCAACGCUGCGUGCUGCCGAGGACUGCAAGCUGUGGUCCAUCAAGCGGAGCACUGUGCGCGCCAUCCUGACCUCCAUCAGGGAGAAGCUGGUCGCCGAAAAGAUGGAGAUGCUCGGAAACGUGAUCAUCGGCGAAGACCCUCUCAAGUCCAAGCUCUCGAAGAGCGACAUAGAGAAGCUGGUGGGCGCACUCGAAGAGGAAGAGUUCAACGACGGGGAAUGCAUCGUCAGGCAGGGCGAGAUCGGGCACUUUUUCUACAUCGUCAAGUCGGGGGAGAUCGCAGUCCACAAGAGAGAGGAGGUGGGAGGGGGAGACGUGGAGGAUUCAUCGCCGGGUGCGGGGGAUGGAGCAGGGGGGGAAGGGGGAGGUGGGCGAGACGGAAUGGGCCCCCAGGUAUCCACCCUCAAAGCCGGGAGCUACUUCGGAGAGCGGGCCCUGCUGUCUGACGAGACCCGCAAGGCCACCUGCGUGGCGACCGGGCCUACCGUGUGCCUGUCUCUGGGGCGAGAAGACUUUUCGAGUGUCUUGGGGCCAUUGGAAGACAUCAUGUCCAAGGCCGCCGGACUCGAGAGACCUGCCGCCUCCGCGCCCUCCGCCGGGAGCGGUGACCACUAUUUGGAGACCAAGCCCGAAGACCUGGAAGCUAUCCGUAGCUUGGGGGAAGGGGCAUUCGGCAACGUGAUGCUUGUGCUUCACAAGCCCACCGGGAGGGCCUUCGCACUCAAGUGUCAGGGGAAGCAGGCUAUCGUCGCAAACGAGCUGCAGGAUCACAUCCUGGAAGAAAGGAGGCUACUCAUGAAGCUGGACCAUCCGUUCAUACUUAAGCUGCAUGAUUCUUUCCAGGACGACAGGUAUAUCUACUUCGUGCUGGAGGCCCUGAUGGGAGGAGAGAUCUUCACGCAUCUCCGUAGAGCCGGGGUUUUCGAAGAGGCUCACACCAAGUUCUACUCGGCCACAGUUUUGUGCGCUCUCCAGCACAUGCACGACCGGUGCAUCGCCUACCGCGAUCUCAAGCCCGAGAACUUGGUUCUCGAUGAUCAGGGGUACCUGAAAAUUGUGGAUCUAGGACUGGCCAAGGUUAUUCCAGAUGGGUACACGUGGACAAUCUGUGGUACCCCUGACUACUUGGCCCCAGAGAUUAUCCUCAACGAAGGGCACGACCAGGCGGUCGACUUCUGGGCGCUGGGGGUGCUGGUCUACGAGAUGAUGGUCGGAGUAGCCCCCUUCUCGGCCAGCGACCCCAUGACUACGUACGAGAACAUCCUGUCUCGCAAGGUGGAACCACCGUCAACAUUUUCCAAGGCGGCGAAGGACAUUGUGCGCAGGCUGCUCAAGAUCAAUAAGAGCAAGCGGCUUGGGAAGGCAGCUGGGGGUGCCGGAAGCGUGAUGAAGCACAAGUGGUACAGCGGCUUUGACUGGGAGGGAUUAUUGAAGAAGCAGCUUGAGGUCCCUAUCGCUCCCAAGCUCGUGGAUCCGUUCGACUCGUCACACUUCAACCCACCGGGACCGGAUCGGGCGGAGUCGGCCCCGUGUCCCGAGUGGACGCCGACGCUUUAA